AUGGGAGAAGAACGUGUAAACCUUUGCCUGCCAGAUCUCACAGAGCUGGAGAUGAAAGUUGGGAGGAAAACUCCGGAGAGUCUCCUGAUGGGGAUCAUGAAGGCGGAUGCUGAAGAAACGUGCCGCGGUGACGUCAACAACUGCAUCUUCAAAGACGACCUGUCAACUAAAAUCAGCAACUUAAAACAAGAAAUGAGAUGUCUGCGGUCCACGGAUGUGCGUAUCCUGCGUCAGCUCCUGGCAGUGCAUGAGGGGAUUGAGGCGGUGCGGUGGCUGGCAGAGGAGCGAGGGCCAUCAGGCAGCCAGAGCAGCAGCCUCACUGGGAGUCUGAGCAGUCUGGUCCCACUGGACGAAUCUGGUCGCUCUCUUUCCCGAUACAGCAGGGGCAGUUGGACUAGUCCACAGGAUUGGACUGAAGAAGAGGAUUUGAAUCAAGAGGCACUAGUCACCGCAGAUGUCUCCAGGCACAAGAACUACGUGAGCCCAGACUUCACUGGAGACAGACAUCCUUCUCUUCCCCCCACAGAGUCUCAACAUCAGCACUGCGAUCGAGGAGCAGACGAUGGGCCAGUGACGUUUGUGUCUGAGCUAUCGUCCAAACCUGCCCAAAAACUGUCAAAAUAUGGAUGGUACGGAAACGUGAGGCUGCAGAGGUUUCACGUCCCACAGGGAACCGCUGUGGCUCGCUGGAUAUUCACAGUGACUAAGAACCACAACUUUAACUGUAGGCCGUAUAAUGUCUCCAUAUAUUUACGAUGGGGGGCCCCUCCAGUCAUAAACCCUGUUGGGACAGUGUUCCCCAAAGACACUUUGUGGAACCCUGCUCAUUGUUUGAGUUUACCAGUGCCAGUCACAUUACAAAGCUCUACAACUUUCAACCUGUCCUCUCCAGCGGCCGGUGACUGGUACAUCGCAGCUCAUCUGCCCGAAGACGAUGGUCGUAUAGAGCAAAAGGGUUUUCCAUCCUGCUCUUACUUUUUCCAACCUCAGCUGUCCAUCCGAAAAGCAGUGGAUACACCAGUCUUAGAACAAGGCAGCGUCCUCCAGCAGACCAUCGGUCCAGAAGGGGCUGCACAUUUUAAGCUGUAUGUUCCCGAGUUUUCUUCCUCCGUCUCUGUCCUGCUGACUAACUGUUCCUCGGAGGACCCCCGCAGUGAGGACUGUUCAGUGGUCCUCAGACUGGGCUCCAGAGCUCUGCAGACCGAGCCUCUCUCGGUGAACUGCUCUGGCACUCAUUGUUCUGCGACGGUCUCCAAUCCUCCAUGGGACAUGUGGUUAGAGGUUGUUGUGGAGCGAAACCAUAACAACCGCACUGUGACAUUCAAUAUUGUCUCAAACUACACAGUGGGAUGUAAGCCUAAAAGUGUUGGCCUUGCUGCUGGUGACGACUUCAAAAAACUCCGGAGCAACAUCGGCUCUUCAAACUCGACAUCUUCUAAAAACAGCUCUGGGCCCUCACAGCCUGUCCUGUUUAGUAAUCCCUCUGCUUCCCCCGUGGCUCCUCUCCCAGCGUCGGCAUGCAUGUGGAACGUCCCGGUACUCGCAGAGGAGCUGGACGUCCUGUCUGUGCGAUACACUCCCACCAUCGCAGCCAACAUCAGUGUGACCAAUAAACAGCCCACUCUGCUGAGCUACCCUCUGCACACAGCCACCACCGGGGGCACCCUAAACCUGCAGCUCUCACUCAACUCAACUAAUGCAACCCUGGGAAAUGGUAGCAGUGUGGUGGCCUGUUUGUCUCCCCUGGCGCCAGUGUUGGAACUUAAUAACUCCGCUUCAUGUAGUGCAGCUCUGUUCAAAGGGUACAGUCUCCAUCUGAGCAAAAGUGUGUCCAAAGCAGUUCUCCGAUUGCCUUAUCCUCAGUCAGCAACAUGGUACCUCACUCUGCAGCUCACUUGUAACAGCUCUGACUGUGGUAACGCAUCAGUGGUGUCAGUCGUUCCAGAGCUGUUCGUCAGUGCCUGUGUCGAAGACUGCGGCACUUAUGGAGAAUGUCGACUAAUCCGGUCCUUUACCUACCUCUAUGCUGCCUGUAGCUGCAAGGCUGGCUGGAGCGGCUGGGGAUGCACUGACGACUCUAAAGCUCUGUCCUUCAGCCGGCAGGUGACCGCAGCACUCAUGCUCACCAUCAGUAACCUCUUCUUCAUACCUGCUAUUGUGGUGGCCGUCAGGCGCUACUAUAUCACCGAGGCCUCAGUCUACCUCUUCACUAUGUUCUUCUCUACGUUCUACCACGCCUGCGAUCAGCCCGGCGUCGCUGUCAUGUGUAUAAUGGACUACGAUGCGCUACAGUAUUGUGACUUCCUGGGUUCGGUCUGCUCCAUAUGGGUCACCAUUCUGUGCAUGGCUCGGAUAAAAGACACUUUCAAAUAUGCUCUGUUUAUGUUGGGGGCACUGCUGUUGGCCUUAUCAAUGCAGCUGGACCGCAAAGGCCUUUGGAACAUGCUGGGCCCUGUUCUCUGCGCCCUCUUGAUCCUCGUUGCUGCUUGGGUUUAUCGCGGAGUGAAGCGUCAUCAAUGCUACCCACCCUCAUGGCGUCGCUGGGUGUACUUCCUGCUCCCUGGCGCCCUCUGUGCCCUCAUCGCUGUCAGUGUAUUUGCUUUUGCACAAACCGAGGACAACUACUACUACACGCACUCACUGUGGCAUGUCCUGGUGGCGAUCUGCGUGGUUUUCCUAUUGCCUCCUAAAGAGAAACACAGAGAGGCAUUUGGCUGGACACAAGGCUUCAGCUGGAGCUGGAGGCCCCGGGUUUGUGGAUACACGCUCUGUGAGAGUGGCAAAGAAGAACUUUAUGCAGUUACAUAG